AUGAUGAUGCUUCCUCUGCUAAUCUUUUUCUGUUUCUCUGCGCUACCCCCUCAUAUGGCAAAGCCUUCUAAUUAUUCCGAUCAGCAAGCUCUCUUGGCUUUCAAAGCUGCAAUCUUUCUCGAUCCAUUAAAUUCCCUCCUCGAUUGGUCUCCCAAUCACACCUUCUGCAAUUGGACCGGUGUUAUCUGCUCUUCUCAUCGACAGCGUGUGGUUUCCUUGAAUCUCACAGAUAUGGGAUUAGCUGGUCCAAUCUCUCCAUUGCUGGGAAAUCUUUCCUUCCUAAGAGUCCUUGCUUUCAGAAAUAAUAGCUUCGAGGGCCAUAUUCCAUAUCAGCUUGGAAAACUGUUUCGCUUGAGAAUCCUUCGGUUGUCUCAAAACAAUUUGGAGGGUCCCAUUCCAUCCUCUCUAGGAGGCUGCCGUUCUUUACAAUUUCUCAUACUGUCGUAUAACUAUUUGAGUGGAAGCAUACCCUCUGAACUGAGUCUUCUUUCAAAUUUAGAAACCAUGGUCUUAGGAGUAAACAAUUUUACAGGUACUAUCCCACCUUUCUUAGGAAACCUCUCCUUUUUAAUUGCCAUUGAUUUGGGUGAAAAUAGUCUGCAAGGUGGUAUUCCUGCUGAGUUGGGUAUGCUUAGUCAGCUAAACUCGCUUAACCUUCGUGCCAAUAGCUUCACAGGAUCGAUCCCUGUCACCCUUUCCAAUUGCACUUAUCUCCAAUUGUUGGUGCUAUACCAGAACCACUUAAGCGGCCUAAUUCCAUGGGAGUUUGGAAGGCUGUCAGAGUUGCAACAAUUGAAUUCGUGGAGAAACCAACUCAGUGGAGAAAUACCCAGCUCAGUGGGUAAUUGGACUCAGUUGCAAGUGCUGGAUUUGAGUAGAAACCAACUCAGCGGCAGAUUGCCACCAGGAUUUGGGAAAAUGCAGCAGCUGAGAAGACUUCUUUUGUCGGUAAAUCAUUUUGUGAGUGGAAGCAGUGAUUUGUCUAUUCUAAUAGCGUUAACAAAUUGCUCCAACUUGGAAGAUCUUGAGUUGGGACUUAAUCAUCUCACUGGCGUCUUGCCCAUUUCAAUUGGCCACCUUUCAAGUUCACUAUCAAUUUUAAUGUUAGGCUCAAACGAAAUUGGGGGAAACAUUCCAGAUGCGAUCGGUAACCUUACAAAUUUGUCAUUACUAAGCCUAAAAGGAAACCGAUUCAAUGGGACAAUUCCAUCUGCACCCUGCAGAUUUCUAAAUCUGGAAAGAUUGUAUCUGGGCACAAACAAUUUGCACGGAAGAAUUCCAGAUUGUUUUGGUCAAUUAAAAAGGCUUGGAUUGUUGUCUCUCAGCCAGAACAUGCUUUCAGGACAAAUUCCAGAAGGUCUUGGUGACCUUCCACAGUUAAGAGAGCUUAACCUUAGUCACAAUCAACUAUCAGGGAAAAUACCUGCCAGUUUAGGAAGAUGCAAGACUUUGGAGACGGUGGACAUGGCGCACAACAAACUAACAGGAAAUAUACCUUCUGAAGUUGCAGGUCUUCAAAAUCUACAGUUCUAUUUCAACGUUUCUGGGAAUUCACUACAAGGUUCUAUUUUGGAACUGAGCAAAAUGGUUAUGGUUUUAGCUAUAGAUGUUUCUCAAAACAAUUUCUCUGGUGGCAUUCCUAGUGCACUGUCAAGCUGCAAGGGGUUGGAAUAUCUAAACCUUGCUGGGAAUGCAUUUGAGGGGCCAAUCGCAGCAUCACUGGCAGAUCUAAAAAAUCUUGAGUACAUGGAUCUUUCUUGUAAUAAUUUGUCAGGUACAAUACCGGUGGCUUUCAAAAAGAUGAAAAUGCUCCAGCAUCUCAAUCUCUCUUCAAACAGGUUAAGUGGAGAGGUCCCAGAGGGUGGAGCUUUCGCAACACUUGAUGCCUCAGAAAUUAUGGGAAAUCUUGGCCUUUGUGGUGGAUGGAUAAACUUGCCACCAUGCUCUCAUUCCAAACACAAACAUCCAUUUGUCUCCAAAAAGGUAAUAAUCCUGGUUGUUGUUGCCAUUACAGUUUUGUUUGUGUCUCUUAUAUUGGUAGCAUUUUCAUAUAGAUGCAAACGUUCCAGUACCCCUGCUCUCGAAGUAUGGCCUCCAAAAAUUUCAUAUGAAGAACUUGUAGAUGCAACUGGUGAGUUUACUGAUGAAAAUCUUUUAGGAACUGGUAGUUUUGGGUCGGUUUAUAAAGGGAUUCUAAAAAAUGGUAGAAAUAUUGCUGUUAAAGUUCUCAACUUGCAAGAUGAACAUGCUCACCAAACUUUUAUCAGAGAAUGCAAUGCAUUAAAGAGACUUCGACACCGCAAUGAGAUGACAUCAUACAUAGCAGAUUUUGGCCUUUCCAAUCUUAUUUUUGGAAAUUCCAUGGAUCCUUUGACUUCUAUAGAUGCACUUAAAGGAUCCAUUGACUACAUUGUACCAGAGUAUGGAAUAGGUGGAAAGCUAUCUACAAAAGGAGAUGUAUAUAGUUAUGGAAUUUUAAUUUUAGAGUUGUUGACAAGGAAGAGACCAAUAGAUGACAUGUUCACAGAAGGAAUCAAUCUACAAAAAUGGAUACAGAUGCAUUUUCCAGAUAGAAUAUCAGAGGUGGUGGAUAAUUACUUGCUUAUAGAUGCUCAUGAACUAGAGACAUCAACAACAAUGGAAUGCCUUACUCAAUUUAUACAAAUUGGGUUGUUUUUCACAAGAGAGUCACCUCAAGAAUGCCCAAAUAUGAAUGAGAUAGUUGAUAGAAUAAAUACAAUCAGAGGUGCAUUUCUUGCUACCCCUGAAGUUCUUCAAUUACCAAUAGAUAUCUCACCUUUUAUUAAUAAUGAAAAAGAUAUACAUACGACUAGAUCAGGAAAUAGAGGAAGUCGGUCUACAUCUACAUCCUAA